AUGGGCUCUGAAUUCGAGGUACUCCUGUACCAUUCUAAUGUUCGGUGGUUAUCCCGGGGACAGGUGCUGAAUCGUGUUUUUGCCAUGCGUGUGGAAUUAGUCCUGUUUUUGCAAGAGCACCAACAUUGUCAUGUAGAUUGCUUCAAAAAUCCUGAGUUCAUUCUCAUUUUAGCGUACAUGGCUGAUAUAUUCGCAACUCUAAAUCACCUCAAUCAGCAGAUGCAGGGUGGUGGAGUCAACAUCAUGGAAGCAGAAGAAAACCUGAAGGCUUUUCAAAAAAAACUACCGUUAUGGAAACGACGAACAGAGAACAAUAACUUCGCAAACUUUCCCCUUCUGGACGACUGUGUCAGUAAGAUCGAAGAUGUGUCUGGAAUCGGAGACAUUUCUGUAUCCAUGGAACUGAAGCAAACAAUUGCUACGCACUUAGAUGAGCUUGCAAAGUCUCUCGACGGAUAUUUCCCUACAAGAGAGUCAUAUCCAGCAUGGGUGAGACAGCCGUUCCCGUUUGCUGUUGAGACAGCAGAUGUCAAUGAUGAAUACCUCGACGAAAUCAUUGAAAUUCAGCAGAGCCAGGUUCAACAGCAACUCUUCAGAACAACAACACUCUCAACGUUUUGGUGUCGACAGUUGGAAAAGUACCCAAUUAUUGCUAAGAAAGCCCUGGAAUUUUUUAUACCAUUUGUAACAACAUAUCUCUGCGAAAAAAUCCUUUUCGAGGAUGCUGGACAUAAAAACAAAGAAAAGGAACAGACUUUGCUGUGA